GCUAAAAAAUUGGAGCUAGAGUAUCUUAUCGUGACUAACUUAUUCAUUGCACGAUUUUCUUGGCUAUAAAAGUCCCAGUCUAGUGACCUUAGAGAUUCAGCUCUAGUAGCCUUCUUAAAGAACAUAAGCUCAAAGCUGGUAAGAAGAUGAAGCUGUUUGUAGUCGCUGUAUUGGUGGCCUUGGCCUCGGCUAACGUCAUUAGAGACGAGAGAGAGCUCUGUGUCAAUGUCCUUGGAGCACACUUGUGUGCAGAUCCACAAGUUGGUGUCGGCAAAAGAGAGGAACAAGACCUUUGCGCUACUGUAGCUGGAGUCCAUGUUUGUAUCAGAGAUCUUGAAAACUUUGAUGUUAAUUCUCUGGUUAACAAUAUUGCAAACGUAGUUCACAUCAUUGACCAAUUUGUUGGAGGUGUUACUGCUGCUGCCAAGAGAGAGCAAAGAGAGCUUUGCGUCAAUGUCCUCGGAGCCCACUUGUGCGCAGAUCCACACAUCAGCACUGGCAAAAGAGAGGAACAAGAUCUUUGCGCUACUGUAGCUGGAGUUCAUGUCUGUGUCAGAGAUCUUGAAAACUUUGAUCUUGCUGCUUUAGUUGCUAACAUCGGAAGUGUUGUUCACGUAAUUGACCAAUUUGUUGGUGGAGCUGGCAAGAGAGAGGAACAAGAUCUUUGCGCUACUGUAGCUGGAGUCCAUGUUUGUGUCAGAGAUCUUGAGAAUCUAAACCUAGCAGACAUCGUUGCUAACAUUGGAAAAGUUGUCCAUGUCAUCGACCAAUUUGUUGGAGGUGUUACUGCCGCUGCCAAGAGAGAACAAAGAGAGGUUUGCGUCAAUGUCCUUGGAGCCCACUUGUGCGCAGAUCCACACAUCAGCACUGGCAAAAGAGAGGAACAAGAUCUUUGCGCUACUGUAGCUGGAGUUCAUGUUUGUCUCAGAGAUCUUGAGAACAUUAACCUUGCAGAAAUUGUAACCAACAUUGGAAACGUUGUCCAUGUCAUCGACCAAUUUAUUGGAGGUGUUACUGCGGCUGCCAAGAGAGAGCAGAGAGAGCUCUGCGUUAAUGUCCUCGGAGCCCACUUGUGUGCAGAUCCACACAUCAGCACUGGCAAAAGAGAGGAACAAGAUCUUUGCGCUACUGUAGCUGGAGUCCAUGUCUGUGUCAGAGAUCUUGAAAACUUUGAUCUUGCUGCUCUAGUUGCUAACAUCGGAAAUGUUGUUCACGUCAUUGACCAAUUUGUUGGUGGAGCUGGCAAGAGAGAGGAACAAGAUCUGUGCGCUACUGUAGCUGGAGUCCAUGUUUGUGUCAGAGAUCUUGAAAACUUUGAUGUCUCUUCCCUGGUUAACAAUAUUGCAAACGUAGUUCACAUCAUUGACCAAUUUGUUGGAGGUGUUACUGCUGCUGCCAAGAGAGAGCAAAGAGAGCUUUGCGUCAAUGUCCUUGGAGCUCACUUGUGCGCAGAUCCACACAUCAGCACUGGCAAAAGAGAGGAACAAGAUCUUUGCGCUACUGUAGCUGGAGUUCAUGUCUGUGUCAGAGAUCUUGAAAACUUUGAUGUCAAUUCCCUGGUUAGCAAUAUUGCAAACGUUGUCCACAUUAUUGACCAAUUUGUCGGGGGAACUGCAAAGAGAGAGGAACAAGACCUUUGCGCUACUGUAGCUGGAGUCCAUGUUUGUGUCAGAGAUCUUGAGAAUCUAAACCUAGCAGACAUCGUUGCUAACAUUGGAAAAGUUGUCCAUGUCAUCGACCAAUUUGUUGGAGGUGUUACUGCCGCUGCCAAGAGAGAACAAAGAGAGGUUUGCGUCAAUGUCCUUGGAGCCCACUUGUGCGCAGAUCCACACAUCAGCACUGGCAAAAGAGAGGAACAAGAUCUUUGCGCUACUGUAGCUGGAGUUCAUGUUUGUCUCAGAGAUCUUGAGAACAUUAACCUUGCAGAAAUUGUAACCAACAUUGGAAACGUUGUCCAUGUCAUCGACCAAUUUAUUGGAGGUGUUACUGCGGCUGCCAAGAGAGAGCAGAGAGAGCUCUGCGUCAAUGUCCUCGGAGCCCACUUGUGUGCAGAUCCACACAUCAGCACUGGCAAAAGAGAGGAACAAGAUCUUUGCGCUACUGUAGCUGGAGUCCAUGUCUGUGUCAGAGAUCUUGAAAACUUUGAUCUUGCUGCUCUAGUUGCUAACAUCGGAAAUGUUGUUCACGUCAUUGACCAAUUUGUUGGUGGAGCUGGCAAGAGAGAGGAACAAGAUCUGUGCGCUACUGUAGUUGGAGUCCAUGUUUGUGUCAGAGAUAUUGAAAACUUUGAUGUCAAUUCCCUGGUUAGCAAUAUUGCAAACGUAGUUCACAUCAUUGACCAAUUUGUUGGAGGUGUUACUGCUGCUGCCAAGAGAGAGCAAAGAGAGCUUUGCGUCAAUGUCCUUGGAGCUCACUUGUGCGCAGAUCCACACAUCAGCACUGGCAAAAGAGAGGAACAAGAUCUUUGCGCUACUGUAGCUGGAGUUCAUGUCUGUGUCAGAGAUCUUGAAAACUUUGAUGUCAAUUCCCUGGUUAGCAAUAUUGCAAACGUUGUCCACAUUAUUGACCAAUUUGUCGGGGGAACUGCAAAGAGAGAGGAACAAGACCUUUGCGCUACUGUAGCUGGAGUCCAUGUCUGUGUCAGAGAUCUUGAAAACUUUGAUCUCGCUGCUUUAGUUGCUAAUAUUGGAAAUGUUGUUCACGUCAUUGACCAAUUUGUCGGAGGUAUUACUGCUGCUGCCAAGAGAGAGCAAAGAGAGCUUUGUGUCAAUGUCCUUGGAGCCCACUUGUGCGCAGAUCCACACAUCAGCACUGGCAAAAGAGAGGAACAAGAUCUUUGCGCUACUGUAGCUGGAGUUCAUGUCUGUGUCAGAGAUCUUGAAAACUUUGAUAUCACUUCACUAGUAAACAAUAUUGGAAGCGUUGUCCACAUCAUAGAUCAAUUUGUUAGUGGAACUGGAAAGAGAGAGGAGCAAGAUUCUCUUCUUUGCCCUACUAUUAUGGGUGUCCAGAUUUGUCUUUAAAGGAUAUACUACCAAGCUCUAUUUUAUUGCUAAACGAAAAUCCCAAGACAGUAAAAAAAUGAAAUGCCUUAUUAAACAAUGAGACAUAAA